AAAAAAUAUUGAAUUUAACAAUAUUGUGGGAAGAACAGCUUUCGAAGAUAGAGAUUUACAGUUUCACGGAAUCAACAUGGGUAUAUUAAUCGCCAAGUUUCGCUCCAAACCAUCAACGAUUGAUGUCUUGGAACAGAUUGAAAAGGACAUUACUCGCCUACAGAAGUUUCGACUACAUAAUCAGCAACAGCAGAAGAAGUUCAUUGGAUGCCUUAUUUUGUAUUCCAUUGUUUUAUAUAUAAUUGCUGCCUUAGUGAUCUACUUUGUCUACUUCCCGCCAGACUGGAAGAACCGUCUACUCUACUCCUCUCCUCUACUUAUAUUCCCUGUAUUAAUUUGGCUGAUUAAAAAAUUUCUUCAUUGGUAUUUUGUUAAGAGGAUAACUAAAAAUGAUCUGGCAUUGAAUGAACUACGGGAGAACAGAAAACAAAUUUUAGAAGAUGUCAUGGAAAAAGAAACAUACAAGAAAGCACGAGAAAUCCUUCAGAAGUUUGAUCCUGCAAGAUUUAAAGAGUUGGAGCCUUCUGUCACAGCAUCCCCCACAGUAUCCUCACCAGGGACAACAUUACGACAGAGAGGCAAUGCCUCAGGGACCAGGGUUUCUCCCCAGGCACCACAGAGACACCCCACUAUGCAGUUGUCCACUCCAGGUAUGAGGACACAGCGGAGCAUGACGCCACAGAUGCGGCCAGGUGUAACCACUGGUCAACGACCAGGCAUGAGUGUGAGCACACCUCGUGGCACGGAUACACCACAGAUGUCCCGACAAGGUGGCCUACGUCCUCGCAUGCUUAUGACACCUAUUCACAAUGGUAGGACCCCAGGUCCUCCUCUGCCCCGCCCUAUUUUACCUCGGGAGAGGAGUACCACAGACCGACUACUUGAGUACCUUGUAGGAGAUGGUCCUCAGAAUAGGUUUGCUCUAAUCUGUCGAUACUGCCACAGUCACAAUGGCAUGGCACUCAAGGAGGAGUUUGAGUAUCUAAGUUUUCGAUGUUGUUAUUGCUAUCAGAUGAAUCUAGCUAAGAAGCAGAAGCCGUAUGCUCCAAAACUGGACACUGUAUCACCAACAACUGGAGUGCGACCAUUACAAAAACCCUCUGGUGCAGGUGUUUCAAAGCCUGAUGAUGAGGAAAGUGAAAGUGAAAGUGAUGAAGAAGAAAGCAGCGAUGAAACCUCUAAGGAAAUAAAUGGUGAUGAUUUUGUCACAACUAGCCAGCAUAAUACAGAAACUGAAGAAGAGAUAGGUCAAACAAAGGUCAAGGGUGAGGUCACAGGUCAGACAGGAGUUGGAGGUCAAGAAAUAGAAACUAUUACUAGUUCAGUAGACAGUACAGCAGAGGAUGUAGAUGGAGUGUAUCCUUUAGAGGAAGAAAAUGGAUCAGAUUUAGAAAACAAAGGUGUUCCUGAUGGAACUAAGAGUGAUGAAAUUCAAGAGGAAGGAGCUGUGGCUCAGUAAAAUGAUAAUACUAUGUUGAUAUUUAUUCAGCUUCAACAGCUUCACAAUACUAUGUUGAUAUUUAUUCAGCUUCAACACCUUCACAAGCAUUAAUGGUGAAGAAGUAGGAGGCACCAGUACUGAUAUUUCGUAUAGAGGCAGGGUUUAAACCUUUUCUCUAUUCUUUGUACCAAUCUGUGUUUGAUGGGUAGUGGGGUUUCCAAAUUGUGCCUUCCAUCUUCCUCAUACAGAUAAUUCUUAAAAGCCUUGACUGAGUAUACACUAUCAACAUGUUUGUCUAAUGACAAGAAAAUGUUUAAAAUAAGAUUGAUUUCUAGUUGGAUGGCUGUACUCUUUCAUAUGAUAUAUAUCAUUUCUACAAGGCUAUAAUAGGGGAAGGGGGCAUAUGGUGUUGCCUAUAUCCAUCCCAUUGCUUCCCAUCCCAUCUCAAUUCAAUGUAAGAACCAACCAUCUUCAUUCUUUGAGAAAUUUUGAUCAAUCUUUAUACAACUGUCAAUUAUGAGUAUACUUUGGACAUGUUGUGUUUCAGGAGCCCAAGGUCAAGGC